AGCUUUUAACUGCUCGUCUCAUCACUCUCCACCUCUCUCCCUCUCUCUCUCUUCCUCGCGCUCCCACGCCACGCAGCAGCCGCAGAUCUCCACCCGCCUCCGGCGAGCCCGCCGCCGCCGCCGCCGCCAUGGAGUACGAGCGCAUCGAGAAGCCGUUCCCCACCCAGGGCGGUGGGUUCUCGCCGAAGCGGCUGCGCGCGAUGUUGCUGGGGGUGGAGAAGCGGCGGAAGGGGCAGGAGGAGGAGGAGGAGGGGGACGCCGGGGAGGUGGACGACGAGUACGGCGCGGUGCCCAAGUCCUCUGUCAGAUCCGACGCCGACUCCGAUGCGCGCAGAGGAGGUAGCAUGUGCGAAGAAUACAAGGAUGUAGAUGUGGUGAGCACCAUCUCAGAAUCUUCAUCCUCGUUGGAGACAGGGAGUGGGCACCGAUCGCGUGACACCCACUCCAUGGGUUCACGAGUAAGGGUGCCUGAGGAGGACUCCUGUGACUCUGAGAGUGUGGCUUCAAACUUUGAGUUCCAUAAGGAGCGAGGGGCCUCUGCUCGGUCUGUGACGGCGGCAAUCGUUCCUCCAUUCUCAAAGCCUGCACCAUCAAAGUGGGACGAUGCCCAGAAAUGGAUCGCCAGCCCGACAACAAACCGUCCUGGUAGGGCUGGUGGAGUGCCACAGAGGAAGAUGGAAAAAACUAGCUUUGGUGGCGGGAGGCUGCCGGCUACGAAGGUUGUGUUGGAGGCCACAGAGGAGAUAGAUACUAAGAGGGUUGAUCCAAGCCAAGAGAAAAGGGAAAUUGGGUGGCAAAAAGCGGUGAAUUGGGCCCCACCUGAUCCAUAUCCAGAAGUUGAGACUUGUGCAAAGUCUGCACUUGCUGAAGAAAUUACAGUAGCUGAUUCAGCUGUUACUUUUAGUCGCCAUGAUUCAUCUGCCACGCUUCAGAGCGCGACAACAUGCAUACCUCCCCCACCAACAGUCCGAUCAGUGUCAAUGAGAGACAUGGGUACAGAAAUGACCCCUAUUGCGAGCCAGGAGCCAUCCCGAACAGGAACACCGGUGAGAGCAACGAGUCCAGAUUGUUCUCGCCCAACUACUCCACGAAAAACAAUAGGCCCCAAUGCAAUCGGUGCUGUUAUUGGCCAUGGUGAAUGUAGCAACGUGGAAUUAAGUGAACAAGAAUUGCAAAUGAAGACUAGGAGGGAGAUAAUGCUCCUCGGCACUCAGCUUGGUAAAACCAACAUUGCUGCAUGGGCAAGCAACAAGGAAGAGGAAAAAGAUGCAUCACUUUCGCUUAAAGGAGUGCCCAUGGACCAAUCUACACAGAAGGUAACAGAAAUUCGUGCAGCAGCGUGGGAGGAGGCAGAGAAGGCUAAAUAUUUAGCAAGAUUUAAACGAGAAGAGAUUAAGAUCCAAGCAUGGGAAGAUCAUCAGAGAGCAAAAAUCGAAGCUGAAAUGAGAAAAAUUGAGGUCGACGUGGAAAGGAUGCGAGCCCGUGCGCAGGACAAGCUGAUGAGCCAGCUCGCAUCGGCGAGACACACUGCCGACGAGAAGCGGGCCGCGGCGGAGCUGAAACGGAGCCGUGCGGCUGCAAAGACGGCGGAGCAGGCAGACCACAUCAGGAGAACCGGCAGGAUGCCGUCCUCCAUUGGCUGCUGGAACUGGUGCUCGUAGUAGCGUAGCUAAGCUCAAGCAACUGAAGCAAGCAAAAAGCUCUCCUCACUAUGUCUCGCAAGACUUGAAGCGCCAUCAUCUGUUUUUACCGUGAUCUUGUAGAAUAUUGUCUUUUGAUUGGUUUCAGUAGAUAUAAGUCAGAAGAAGACGAGUCACUUGUAAGUAACUAUGGAGCAGUAUAUAAGAUGCAAGCUUCUUGCCUUUUUCUGUGC